AAAACGUCAUUUUAUUUUGACUUUGACGUUUUACUUUAACCUUGUUUUUAAAGUUUCUUUAAAUUUCAACUAUUACAAGAGUGCAUUUCAAUAAAAAUAGAUAAUAAUAUGUUUAUCAAAUUCAAAAGUAAAAAUUAAAAUCUGGUUUAUUAGUAAAUAAAAUAUUCACAGGUACUAUUAGUGACGAAGGCGGAGCGGCAGCCGCAGAUGUGGCAUUGGCAAGCGGAGUGCUAGUCGACUCGAUCUCUGCCAUGUCUCAGAGCGCUGCUCCUCCGGACUUGAUACAGUCAGCACAUGAUGCUCAUGAUGAAGAUCCCACAAAGCUGACCCUGGCGUAUGAAAGGCUAUACGAGGUGCCCCGGACUGUGGUGGAGCGGUUCUCAGAUCACAUCAGAUACCUGGACAUUAGUCACAACAAAAUAACUAAUCUGGAUGCUCUGGUUCACUUCAGACACUUGACGUCUCUAAUUGCUGAUGACAAUCCCAUCACUGAGAACUGUUUCCUGCCUCCCAUGCCUAAACUGCAGUUGUUAUGGCUGAAUCGCUGUAAAAUAUCGUCCCUGUACCCGUGGGUGGGCCGGCUGAAGGAGGCGUGCCCGGCGCUGUGCCUGCUGUCACUGAUGGGCAACCCGGCCGCGCCCAGCUACUUCAAUGGCGGCACCUUCUAUGACUAUCUGCAGUACAGGUUGUUUGUGAUCUCACAGUUCCCGUCACUCAGUCACCUCGACGACAGGAAAGUGACGGACGACCAACGCGCGGAAGCGCAGCGGCUCUACAAGAGGCCCCUGCUGGAGCGGCUCGUGAGGCCUGCCACCGGAGGCCUGGCCAUACUGGGGGCCUCGGUCACCUGGACCUCCGUGCAGAGUAAGCUUACCUCGUUUUGGGGUAAGAAGCCGGAGGGAAGGAACUUACUUAUAUAGCAGUUGGUGAACACUUGAGUGGGUUUAGGUUCACAUUUUAGUCACGUUUUGCUCACGAGUGUACUGAUUUUGAUUAAAGAGAAACCACUACUCUGUGGGUGUGAUGUAGGGAGGUGGAAGGCACCGAAUAAUGAAAAAAACAGGCGGCAGGCGAAUUUUUCAAUGUGAAAUUAAAUUCACCCGCGAGUGUACCUACCGAUGAAAGGUUCGCAACGGAAUUCAAGUACGAAUGGAAACGGAACGACUCGUCACAGACACGGAGAGGAGCUGGCAGUGGCGGAUUUACAAAUUUGCCGCCAGUAGGCUAUUGAAUUUUUGCAACUCUUGUUGAGCUCUGAAAUUCGUUUUAGAUCGCAAUCAAUACAAUUUUCUUAAUAUAAAGUUUUAAUAUUUUAGUAGGACUGUACAGGACGUUCGGGACUAAAUAUUAAAAUUGCCGUUAUAUUUCUUUAUUUCUGUAGAGGAAAAGUUUUUUGGGUCAAAUUUGCCGCCCCCUAAAAUCUGCCGCCCUAGGCUCUAGUCUACUUAGCCUAGUGGUAAAUCCCCCACUGGGACCUGGAAUUGAGAGUGUGGGAUAGUAUGUGGCUAUCAAACCAACACACACAAAAAUUUUAACCCUGCUCUGUUUUGUGUUACAUACUGUUCUUAUGGAGUUUUUCAAAAAUAUCUGUAAAGUAUCACUGUUUUCAAAAUGUAGGUAUAGUAAAUAUAUGACACUUUACAUUCUAUUGAAAUGUUACAUGUUUUAUAUUGGGCUUAUCUAGCAUUUGUCAGAGGACGCCCUACCGGCGAAGACGUACCACCAAGCAGUGUGGAUUUUCAUCAUACUCCUAACAAGUUUAGUGUAAAUAAAUAUAAAUAUUAUUGUUCUUUUUAUUUGCUAUUAAAGUUAUUUUCUUUAUAAAUGUGACUGAUGUGAGAUGUGUUAUGUGUUUUUUUUUUUUUGGAAUUUACAAAAUGUGUUUAAAAAACUGCCUGAAUAAUUAAAUAUCAUAAGUAUCUCUAUUAGAACAAAAUUAAUAAUAAUUUGCGGUUGUGUCUCUUGCCUAAAGAUAUUGCCUAUCUAUUUGCCUAAUUAUAUACUUACUCGUUAAUGUUACGAAUUUAAUUAAAUAAUUACAAAGUGUUAUUUAUGCUAAGCAGUUUGGGGUUAUUUCGAUUUGAAAUUAAAAAGUGUAGAUAUAGGUAUGUAUAAAAAGAUAAUAAUUGAAAGACAUGUGAAAAGUAUACAAAUUUAUUUUUAUUUACAAAAGUAAUCAAUAAAUUACAGGAACAAAUA